UUGUUCCUGCAUCAAGGUGGUAGAAAGGGGGUCAUGGUGUCUGCCUUCAGAGACCCUCCACUCUAAAUGAAGAAAAGUUCAAUGAAGCAAACACGUGACAUAAAGUAAAAUAAGAAUUGCUACUGUGAAUAAGAGUCACAUAUUGCCACAAAGCAUACCUAUGAGAAUAUGAAAUAGGGAAGAUUUCUCAUAAAAAGUUUUGAUUUCGGAGGAAGAAACAGAAUUAAACUAAAGUCAAGAGAUAUUUGGGCCUUGGAAAUAGAGGAGAAACAUGGGGUUGGCUUCUGUCCAUUUGCUGAGCAACUUGUUUUCCUUUUCACAGUGGAUAUGACCUUGGAUGCCAACACAGCCAACAACUUCCUCCUCAUUUCCGGCGACCUCAGGAGCGUCCGAAGUGGGUGCAUCAGACAGAAUCGGCAAGACCUUGCCGAGAGAUUUGACUUGUCCAUUUGUGUCCUGGGUUCCCCUUGCUUUACCUGUGACUACCACUACUGGGAGGUGGACGUGGGAACAAGCACACAAUGGGACCUGGGAGUCUGCAGAGAAUCUGUUCACCGCAAAGGAAGGAUCCAGCUGACCACAGAGCGUGGAUUCUGGACUGUGAGUUUGAGGGCUGGAGGCCGCCUCUCUGCCAGCACGGUGCCGCUGACUUUCCUCUUCAUAGACCGAAAGUUACAGCGAGUGGGGAUUUUUCUGGAUAUGGGCAUGCAGAACGUUUCGUUUUUUGAUGCUGAAGGUGGUUCCCAUGUCUAUACAUUCAGGAGAGUCUCUGCUGAGGAGCCACUGCGCCCGUUUUUGGCUCCUUCAAUUCCACCUAAUGGUGAUCAGGGUGUCCUGAGUAGCUGUCCUGUGAUGAACUCAGGCACUACUGAUACUCCGGUCCAUCCUGGGGAGGCCAGAUAG